CUCAGUGCUGCAGCUGGACGGCGGAGCCGCUCCUGUUGUGCGGGGCAUGACGAGAUGCUGCUUGUGACAGCGGUGUCGGAGUGAUAAUGAACGCCUUCAGUAAGUGCUGGGAUGGAUGAGGAAGGUCCGCUGACGGCGCAGGGUGGAAUAACAGUGUGCUGUUGCGCCUCCUGGCUCCGCGAUGGUGUCACCUCUGUGCGCUUUUCCCUCCGCUGUCCGGACAGGGGACACUGGCAGAGAAGUGACACACCGGCGUCGGAAUCUGCGCAAUUAUCAGUCUCAGAAUAGACCGGCGAGGGAGUAAGAGGUGCUGCCAUGGAGAGACCGAGCAGAGUCAGGGAGGAAAUGCCGACAUCGAAGGAGGAGAAGCGCAAAGACAAGAAGCCGAAACCGGGGAAGCUUUUCCGAAAGAAACCGCUGAGGUCUGUGGGGAGCUUCAUGAACAGAAUCAUCAAAACUUUGGGCACUUUCACCCACUUUGGAGACACGGACGCGCAGGACGCCGAGGACGACGACGGGGGGUUUCGGAAUGGCGCACCUUGCACCCUCAGCGCCAGCUCAGGAAUUAUCAAAGAGGAUGUGCAGGUGACUUGGGAUCGAGUGGCGAAAAACCCUUCGAGCACGUCUUCUUCUCUGUGCACCGGCAGAGAAAAGCUACUUUACCAAUACGGAGACAAAACCCCAGGUGUCCUGGGGCUGAAAAAUCACGGGAACACCUGUUUCAUGAACGCCGUGGUCCAGUGUUUGAGCAACACCGACCUGCUGGCAGAGUACCUGGGACUGGAGCGAUACAAGCUGGACCUGUGUCAAACCAGAAUAAACGGGGUGGUGAAAAGUGACGAGACGAGGCUGGCCAAGGGAGAAGUCACGGAGCAGCUGGCAUCACUUGUCAGGGCUCUGUGGACUCUGGAGUACACACCACAGCUGUCUGUGGACUUCAAGACUAUAGUGUCCAAGUAUGGAUCACAGUUUCGUGGUAAUUCCCAACACGACGCCCUGGAGUUCCUCCUGUGGCUGCUGGACCGCGUCCACGAAGACGUCAAUCUACCUUCCCACAAUAACAACAACAAGACCAAAGCCACUGGAAAGGGCCCCGGUGGAGCCGAAGAGGCGCUGUCUCCUGACCCGUCCCAGUCCCAGCAGCCCCGAAUCCAGCACAGCUUUGUCCAGGAACAUUUCCAGGCUCAGUACAAAUCUUCACUGACGUGCCCCCACUGUCUGAAACAGAGCAACACCUUUGACCCUUUCCUCUGCAUCUCACUCCCCAUUCCUCUUCGCCAGACCAGGCCGCUGUGUGUGACUCUGGUGUUCAGCACCAAAGGACAGAGGUACCUGCGCACCGGGCUGGCGGUGCCUCUCUUUGGCUCUGUAGCCUGCCUGAGGAGGAUGGUGGCCGACGAGGGGAAAAUUUCUCCAGACCAGGUGAUCCUGGCAGAGGUUUACUCCACAGGGUUUCAUCGCUCCUUCUUUGAUGAGGACGAUCUAACCAGCAUUGCUGAGAACGACGUCAUCUACGCCUUCCAGGCUCCGCCCCUCUACAUCAGAGGAGGCUCUGCACGGAUCUCAGGGUACCAUCACAGCCUGCCAUCGUCUCCAUACUCCACUGGUCCUGAGGGUCAGAGGUUACCUUCAUCUGGGGCAUUGUCGUCUGAGUUCCUUAACCAGGGCGUCCCAGUCAAGAUUCUGCUGUUGGUGUGCAAUGCUGCAGGGGCCGGCCAACAGGCUGUUAGGUUUGGACCUCCAUUUCUAAUGAGGGAGGACCGGUCUAUUUCCUGGGACCAGCUGCAGCAGAGCAUACUCAGCAAACUUUAUUACCUGAUGAUCAGUGGAGCUCAGGCACAGAAUACCAGAGUGUUGUUCAACAUCCGUGUGGUGGGAGGAUCAGCAUUUUACAGCUACCUGUCACCUCAGGACGCGCGGCCACUCUUCCACCCUGCUGUCGACAGAGCUCUGAAGCUGUGCGGCUCAGGUGGACCUCCACACGUGAAGCUCAUCAUCGAGUGGGAGCACAGAAUCAAAGACUGCCUGUUUGGUAACAUUCAGGAGGAGGUGGUGAAAGAUGCAGAGAGUGUGAGAAAUCAGCAGCAGCAGCACGUCCAGCAGUACAGCUGCACCUUGGAUGAGUGCUUCCAGCUCUACACCAAAGAGGAACAGCUUGCCCCAGAUGACGCCUGGAAGUGCCCGCACUGUAAGCAGCUGCAGCAGGGCAUGGUGAAGAUGAGCCUGUGGACGCUGCCGGACAUCCUGAUCCUGCACCUGAAGCGCUUCAGGCAGGUGGGAGAGCGCAGGAACAAGCUCACCACCUUUGUGCAUUUCCCCCUGGCGGGCCUGGACAUGACACCUCACAUGGUGAACCGCAACCAUGGUGCCCACCAGCUCCCUCUGCAGCCUGGGUGGAAGCAGUCUCGACGGGCUGACCUGGCUCCUCCUGACUUCCUGUACGAUCUGUAUGCCGUGUGCAACCACCAUGGAGGAAUGCACGGCGGACAUUACACAGCCUUCUGUAGGAACUCGGUUGACGGCCAGUGGUACAGCUACGAUGACAGCAGUGCUGAGCCGGUUCCAGAAGGGGAGGUGUGCACACGUGGAGCCUACAUCCUCUUCUAUCAGAGAAGAAACACUAUCCCACCCUGGUCUGCCAGUUCCUCGGUCACUGGUUCCACCAGCUCAUCCACCUCUGACCACUGGUUGGUGAGACUGACGGGGGGCAGUAAGAGGGGCAGCGUGGUGUCAGGAGGACCCAUCCUUGGACCCCCAGGGCCCGUACAGGCCCCAGAUUCUCCCGAGCUGCCAGUGUUUGGAGACGAGCCCCCCAGAACGGCAGAAACAAAUGGGUUUGAAGCUAAGCCAUUUGUCCGCAGGACCCAAGGCAGAAGUGUCAGCAUGAGAUCACCAACCAAGCCCAAGGAGACUCUGAGCAAAGUUCUGUCGCUGCGGUGGUCCUUUGGCUCCAAGGACCGCAUCAAACACCCAUCCCAGACCCGACCUGGAGAGCUGGUUGAGUACCUGGAGUCUGGACGCCGGCCACGAUGUACCAAAGAUCCUAUCAUCACACUGGUGGCCACCCCACCUCAAAGGACUGCCCAGGGAAGAGCCUUUGACGUAGGACAGGACUGCAGCUCACCUAGUGGCAGCAGCCUUAGUUGUACAGACAGACCCAGCUCUGACACUUGUUACUCCCCCAAAAUACCAGAGGGACAGAUCCGACCUUGUGUGGAGAGAAAUAUCAUCCAGGGAGUCGGUAACAGCAGCAACAUCAAAGCCAGAGAUGAUGGUUCUCUGAGGCAGAGGUCAUCUAAGAGAUCGAGGCAGGACCAGGGCAGGACCCUGGACCUCCAUCUGCAGAGGGGAGCCAUUCUAGGGGGUCACAUAAGCCACAGUGCACCUCCGAGCAGAGACUCCACUCUGAGAAGAACCAAGGUCCAGACAGGGGUGACCUCCAGGGCACAAAAAGACUUGUUACAGAUGGCCAUUCAGCCGGAGGACAGGAGGGGGCAGAGGGGGCAGGAGGGUCGCAGCCACGACAGCCUCUUAUCUUUUUUCAAACCUGGUUUCAUGAGGAAAGACAUUCCCAGGUCACCUAUCAAGGGGCAAGAGAGGCGAAUGGACGGCCACGGACAACUGGAGAAGCUGGCAGGCAGUAAUUUAGCCAAACUGUCCUUGUCCAAUGGGACGCUGACCACAGUGGCGCUCGAGGAGAGGAAGGCCAGUGCCUGCUGUGACACCCAUAACUGCAAAGUACAACUGGUGAACGGAAAGGCUGGGAAUCACGACCCUGUGGACAUACAGCGCGCUCACAGCUCCAGCAACAUCCAGACGAAGCUGGAUUUGACAUUUCGCAGGUGUGCGUCCCUGCAGAGGAACGGCGAAGUAGUGGUCCCUCCAGCCCACCGCAUCCUGCUGUCAGACAAGCCCAGCUACGCCACUCUGCAGCGGACACGAUACAGUACCACCUCCCUGGUGCCUCUGUGACAGCCCAGAAUGACAUUUGAACACUAGGACCUCUCUUCUGAUCUCUACGCUCGGCACACAGAGAAGCUCCCGGCAGGAGGCAUCGCUGGAAACAAAGUAUUUCCUCUCUCUCCGCUUCAUAGUACUGUUAUAAGUUUUUACCUGUGUGUGUCUUAAACUAAAUCUAUGCAGAGUUGAAUUGACUGAGGAGAGAAACUGCUGUAACGUGAUUCAUGUUUUCUCCUCGUUUUGUUUUACAGAGCAGUCUGCUGUUAAUAUGUGGUUUUAUUUUGGAGUUUAUGAUCAAUAUUUGAAAGGCAGAGAGCGAUUUGGUGACGUUGCAUGUUUUUAGCCCAUUGUUCAUCGACUUUCAUAACAUCGACAUGAUAGUUGGUUAAAGUGGUCCACACUGGAACCUUUUUCAGCAUGUACAGUCUUAAGAUAAUGGGCUAAAAUAUGUAAAACAGUUCUUAAACACUGCAGAAAGUAUUAACACCUGCACUGUAAAUUGGCUGCUGUAACACCACACAUCAUUGCUUUGUCAUGUCUGGUUGUUUUUCUGUCACAUUACCAAUGCACUUUCUGUUUUUGUUUUUUGUUUUUUAAAGGUUUCUUGAUGUUGUGACAUGACCAGAGCUUACAUGCUAAGUUACAUCGCUAAGUCAGACUGCACCAAAACUGACGAAAAGCUGAAUUUUGCAUGGAUAGAAAUUAGUCUCAGUAAUGGUGAUUGGAAUUGGUCACUGUCCAAUCCACAAACAAAUACUACAACAAUUUGAAAAAAAAAAUGUGAUACAACAGUUUUACUGCAGUAUAAGAGUAUAAGACGAUCAAUCAGUUUUAAUCAAAACAUGCAUGAAAUGCAUUAUGAACUAUGACCUAAUGUUAUACUAAUGGUAUAAUGUUACAUCUGCUAGACAGAUUCUCCAUAUAGCUUUAUAUAAGUUUAUGAAUGUGACAAAAACAAUGAAUUUGAAGUUGCCAAAGUUAAAACCACAGGACAAGAAUAUUCCAUCUAAUAUUACUUAGUUACUGUGUAAUCAGAGGGUGACGAGCCACUUACACAAAAAACUCCUUUCCCAUUGUUACUUGUUUGUGGGUUGCACAGUUUAUUUGUGAACACAAUUUGUCACACACAUUUAAAAAUCUUGUUUCUAUCUGUAGGUUGUGUAACAUGCAUUUGUCACCAUUAUUGAGACAAUUUUCUCUCCAGUUUUUUUUUCUGUUUCAGGUUGAUAAGACAAUAAAUCCACAUCCUGUCGCCAGUGGAUAGUUAAAUCGUGGGACGUUUGUGGAUGUACACCAGGUGGAAUAUAUAAGGAGGAUCUCCAAACUUUAAGCUUAACUUGAUUUGUUUUAAAAAUUUAACGUGGGAUUGUGAAAGCCUCUUCCCCAAAAAAAUACUCUGUGCUUGUUGAUCGUGUUUGUUCUGUGGAAGGAUGAUGAAGGUUUGUGGCUACAUCAGAAAACAAAGCAAAACACAUCUAUGAACUAACCCAGUGGCCUGCAGAUCAGUAAAAGAGGGAUUUUGUAUCUCCACCUCUGCUCAGCUCCAGCGUGUGUGUGUGUGCGUGUGUGUGUGCGUGUGUGUGUGCAUAUGCAUGUGUGACAAUGUAAAUUUCUGUCUCUUUCACUGAUGUUGGAUGUAAAUUGUGCUGAAGUCCCAACAUUUACAGGACCAAUGCAAAAGCAAAGCUCAGUUUGUACACACACACACACACACACACACACACACACACACACACACACACACACACACACACACACACACACACACAGUUAUUCUUUCUCUGCAGCCACAGGUAUGUGAUGUGAGCUAUAGGUAAUCAUGUUUUGUCACAGUCACAUACACUGUAAUAAAGUAGCCACCACAGACAGAGUCGUCAUAUCUGGUGUAUAUUUAAUCCACAGUCAUCAGUCAUUAUCAUUGUUUCUGUAUCUGCACCACUUCUGCUUUUUCUGCUGGAGGAGGAAGAGGAACAAAACUCCAAGGGAGCAAAGUUAAUACUAAUUUACGUUCAUUUCCACUUGAUGAUUUGCGUCUAAUUUUCAAUUUCCGUUUUUUUGUUAACUUAUGCAUUGUAAAUGUGUCACUGGGGAUUAUUAGGGAGUAGAAAAGUGAGAGUCCAGAUUGGUUGUCUACACUGUAACUGUAUUCACAUUUCAUGUGUCAUUUAACAUUACUGUUUAACUACACUCUUUACCAAAAUGAAAUGAUGGUAAGUGAAGGAUGCUUCUGAGACAUUACUCGGGAAACAUGGCUAGAUUAUAUUUUAUUAUUAACUUUUUUAAAACUCUACAUUUUGUACCUGAUGUGUAAUUAUGUAAUUUAAGUACCAGAUUAAAAUUGUAUGUUUCAGGUUACUGUAUAAGGUCAGAUUAAUACAUAUGGUAAGUGGGGUUGAAUUGGACACAACACACAAGAGUCCCUGUACUGGACUGUCUAUAAUGUCUGCUUAAUGUACUGCAAGUUUUAUGAAUUGCAAAUUAA